CGACAAGCCGGAAUUAUGGCUUCCGCGCUCUCGCCAGAAGUGAUUUGAUACAAGUACGGCUGGAUCGUCCCCCGCCGGGGUCGUUCGCCUUGUUCUUCGCCUUUGGCUCUCCUCGUCCUCCUCCUCAGGCGGCCGUCUCUGUCUCGUGUGACGCACCCGGCUUUGCUCGCCGCCUCGAGUCUCCCCUGGAUAGGGCUCCUUCCACCGUGUACCUUCUUUUGGGCCCCGACCCUUGCCACUUUCUCACCUUCUCCGUGCCCACCUUUGCCCUUUCGCAUAUUCUACUACACUAUUUUUGUAAUGGCCGAGAAGCGGGCGUCCCUAUCAUCCACACCGGGUCCGAGCAACACCCUCCAGAGAGGUAAAGCAUGUCUCCGCUGCCGGAAACGCAAGAUGCGCUGCGACGGCGCAAAGCCCGCAUGCCAACAAUGCGUCCGCGCAAAGAAAGGCGAUGCCUGCGAAUACGACGACGGGAAGGGGAAGACGCGCACCCAGCUCAUGCGAGAGCACAUCGCUCGCCUCGAGCUUAGGGUCAAGGAGCUUGAGGGCCUCGAACACUCGUCUCCGUCCGUGACGCUGUUCGAUCCUCACUCACAGACCCCGUAUUACUCUGGGUCGUCCUCCUCCUCUAGCCACGGUUCCCCGGGCACCUAUAGUCUUCCUACUUCGGCAUCGCCGACGCCGUUUCAACCAGAGUCAAGUUGGGAGACACAAUGGGAGAACAUGGCAGACUUCGCGGGACCUGUCAGCGAACCAUACAAUCCGUCAGAGGAGCCACCACUCGAGCUUGCGCAGAUGCUGUUGGAGAUUUUCCUUCCCCACAGGCAUCAGUGUGGUCUUGAACUGCAUCCUGAUCGUCUGCGAGAAUCUCUGACUCUCCCCUCAUCAGAGCGCCGGCAUCCAGUCCUGAUGAACGCGAUCUACCUGUGGGCGUGUUACCUGUCGCGGCCAGGAUCUCUUUGCGAGCAUGAGCCCCAUUACUUGUCGCGUGCGCUGUCGGCUAUGACCGACGCGAUCCAGUACCCAUCCAAAGUGAUCGACGUGAUCCAGGCGUCCUGCAUCCUGUCAGUGUACUACCUCUCGAACGGCCGCCUGUUCGAGGGCAGCUACCACUCGACCGUCGCGUCUUCGCUGGCAGUGCAGUUCGGUCUGCACCAGAUUGAUGUGGACGAGCGGACGCCGCUGUCGAGCGCAGAGGACUGGGACUCGACGUUCAGACUUGAGCCUGCGAAGGACACGAUUGAGCGCGGAGAGCGGAUACUGACGUUCUGGCAAGUGUACAAUCUUGACCGGUGCUGGUCCGUGGCGCUCCAACGGCCGUCGACCAUCCCGGACAGCGAUCACCCCUGGACGUGUAUCAGCACACCGUGGCCGCAGAGUAUGGACGAGUAUGCAUGUGGAGACAUUGACGUUGGCAACGCGAGCCCGACCGUGCAAGGCUUUUUCAUGCACCAAGCUCAGACGUCGAACAUGGUCAGUGGCUUCUCGACUGCAGCUCUCCGCGCGAAAGCGUCCGCACUCUUUGAGGCUGCCAACCGGCUGUCGUCAAGCUGGAGCUCACAAGUGCCCUCCUCCAAUGCGUUCAUGGACAACUUCCGCGUGCUCGAGCACACCAUCACGCGCUUCGCGUCGACGCUGCUGCCCCUGCACCAGCUCGGCGCGGCGCUGCCUGAGGACAAGUACACCCUUAUCAUGGUCCACAGCCUGGCGCACGCAGCGAUGGUCCGUCUGCACUUCCCGUUCAUGGAAAACGACGCCAUCUCGCGCGAGAAGUGUCUUCGCUCCGCGCGGGGCAUGAUCCUCGUCUCCAAGCACAUCGUCGACAUGGACUUCGAGUUCCUGGACCCCCUGAUCGGUCCCUGUUGGUCUUCGGCAGCGAAGGUGCUCGAGUCAGAGCUGCUCCGCCUUCAGUCUUCGUGGCCGCCGAUGAACUCGCUGGAGAUCCAGGGCGAGCUGGGCGCUGUCCUCUUCGUGAUGACAAAGCUCAGCGCGCGGUUCCCGCUCCUAAGCUACCAGGCCGCGAAAAUCCAGAACUUCCUCGAGUCAAAAUAGGUGUUUCCGCCUGACCGGACCCUCUACGACCAAUUGUUAACUGGUCUCUGAACCCGCGCGGCCGUCUGUGGUCGCCGAUUCAGCUACGUUAUUUUUACGUUCUUGACGAACUUUCACGCUCCCUCGGACAGCUAUUUGCUUUAUGCGUUUCUUCACGCUCGAGCUCGGGGAGCUCACUGACACUCGCUACGAAUUGUCGAACUUGCCUUCACGCCACUUGGACACUUCACGGACACGGACACGGACUCGCUUGGGCUGUUGUCACGGACUA